GGUGAAAGGUUAAUGAUAUUAACUUGUCACAACAAAGAACUGUUUACAAACUAAUCUCUAUUACAUCAAGUCCCUCGACUCAUCCUCAUCUUUCAAGUUUAGCCACAUAAGUACACUCACUUGGCCUAAACUUUUUACAAUAUGAUCGUACCCUGUACAAGACUUCCUGCUUUAUCCUAUAUACAACCAGUUCAGGUUUCUCGGGAUUACAGUCAUACACUGCUGCAUUCCCUUGCUGCCACACAUGGUAAACGAUUGAAGCCAAUGUACCAAACAAAAUCCUUUGCUUACCUUUGCUCUGGAACCAUACUCCCAUGUGCUUCUUCUCCCAUAAACUCUACUCAGUGAUAUUUCUGCAUUCCAACCAAUUACUGAUUUGCUGUAGAAUCUGUUUUGCAUAUAAACACUGAAAGAAUAGAUGAUCCCGACUUUCAUCUUCAUCAUCACACAGCCUGCACUUCAAUGGUUGCAUGAUGAAAUUAAGCUUCUACAUUCUGUCCGAAGUCAAUAACCUUGUUUUCAUAUCCAGCCAAACAAUGAAGCUAUGUUUAGGAACAUUGUACUUGUUCCAAGAAAGCUUAGCUGUAAACCUGUUCCUUCUCCCCUAAGCCAAUCAUAGCCUGAAAUAGUACUAUACAUUCCAGUUUUACUAGCCAUCCAUUUUCCUCCUUGAAAACCAGGUUUCAGAAUAUCCUUUAUCUUCAUCAACUUCUUCCAUGCCCAACUAUCAGACUGAGAAGGUUUGUAUUCCCAUAUAGACUGCCCUUUGAAAUAAAAUUCGUGACACCACUUCACCCACAUAUUAUCCUUCUUGACUGAUAAGGCCCAAAUCUGCCUACCUAAGGAGGCUUUGUUCUAGAUUACAGGUUCUUUUAUGUUCAAACCGCCAAAUUUUUUCGGAUUACAUAACUCAUCCCAAGCCACUAAAACAUAAGAUCUACCAUUUUCUUUUUUACCCCAAAGAAAAUCUCUACAAAUUCUAGUAUCUGAACAAUGAUGCUCUUAGGUAACCAGAAUACAGAAGCCCAAUAAGGAUAAACUGAAAGAAGUACAGAGUUUACCAACGUCACUCUGGCAGCAUACGAAAGAUGCCUCGUUGACCAACAUUUGAUCCUUGAGGUGAUUUUCUCGGACAGUACUUUGCAGUCCAGGCCUGUCCAUCGAGUUGGAGAGGGCACACCAGGUACUUCAUUGGAAAGAUUCCUCUGCUGAAUCCUAGGAUUUGCUGUAUCUGCUCUUUUGUCUCCUCAUCGAUUCCACCACAAAAACCUGUGAUUUCAGCACGUUAGCUUGUAAAACAGAGGUAGCUAUAAAUUGGUCCAGAACCUUCUUCACCCUUGUGACUGUUUCCUGUCAGCGCUGCAUAAGAUGAUUAGAUCAUCCGCGAAACAAAGAUUUGUAAUCAGUUGCUUCUUACAUUUAGGAUGAAAGUGGAAUCCUCCCUGCAGGACCUCAUACUUGAAGAGCCAACUCAAAUAUUCUAUACACAAAACAAAAAGCAAAGGGAAAAUAGGGUCCCCUUCCCUAAUACCCCGACGACCUUCAAAAUAACCUGUCAAGCCUCCAUUUAAACAGAGUAGCUGGAGUUCGUAAUACACUCCAGAAUCCAUCUAGUAAACUUUUGAGGAAAUUUAUAAAAAUAUAGAACUUCCUCAAUGAAAUGACCAAGAAACAGAAUCAUACGUGUUUUGGAGAUCAACUUUCAGCAUACAUCAAGGUCAAGCAUUUUUCCGAUUAUACAGUUUGAUCAUCUCUUGUGUUAAUAGUAUAUUAUGAACUAUCAACCUAUCCUUGAUGAAAGCACUUUGAUUCUGCUGCACCAGAUAAGGCAAAAAAUUAGCUAACCUGUUACUCGGAAUUUUUGUAAUACACUUAUAAAGUGUAUUACAACAGGCGAUGAGCCUGUAUUCCGCUGCUGUCUGAGGAGAGUCAUUUUUCGGCACCAAUGCAAUCGCAGUAGCAUUCAUCUCUUUGAGCAUUUUACCAAUCUGAAAGAACUCCAGGAUAGCAUCAGUUACGUCUCCCCCUAUUGCACUCCAGGUUCUCUGAUAAAAUCCACUAGUAAAGCCAUCUGGACCAGGCUUUUGUUUUUCCCAAUAGAAAACAUUGCCUUUUUAAUUUCUUCUCUGGUUAUAUCUUCCACAAGCUCAAACUGCUACUCAGCUGAAAGCGUAGGUCCUGUUCCACAUAUUUCAUGCUGAACUUUAGUCCUUGGAACCUCUUUGCCUAACAGCUAUUUAUAGAAAUUCACGAAAUGCUCCUCCACUGCGGCCCAUUCAUCCACCAUCACAUCAUCUUCAUUAGUAUAGGAAAAGAUUCAAUUCCUUUUUUUCUUCUGUUUUAUGGCAGCAUGAAAAUAGGCAGUAUUCAUAUCCCCCUGUUGAAUCCAUAGCUCUUUAGUCUUCUGCUGCCAGAAACUGAUAGCUUUACUGCUCAUUUUCUGUACUGCAUUUCGUUCUUGGGCCUGCAAUGUUUCAUCCUCUGGUUUUGCUUGCAAUUCCUGCUGAAGCUGUACCAUUUUCUGUUGCCAUUCCUGAGCUUGAAGAUCAAUGUUAGCAAACUUCUCCUUAUUCAGCUGCCUUAAUAUUGGUUUCAACUUCUUCUGCUUUAUGACUAGUUGGAAUUGCUUGGUCCCUAGUACUGUAUGUUGCCAUGCUUCUACGACCAGGGCCUGAUACAUCUCAUCCUCAGUCCACCUGUUGAAGAACCGAAAAUACUUUCUGUUUGGACAUUCCUGAUAUGACCACUAAAUGAGAAGUGGACAGUGAUCAGAAAUGCCUUCUGGCAAAGCUUUCUUCAAAGCGUUGUAACCAAUUGCUGUUAACCAACACCCUGUCCAAGUUGGCACUAAUUCGGGUGAUCCCCACUUGUUUAUUACUCCAAGUGUAUUUCCCUCCAGUUGUAUUGAGUUGCCAUAGCUGGCAAUCAUCAAUGACCAUUUGAAACUCUCCUACCUCAGCUGCACUUACUGGAAGCUCUCCAACCUUUUCAUCUUGUCUUAGGACACAGUUAAAAUCACCUGUGACCACCCAUUCAUCAUUUGUUUCAUUCUCAUUAAAUGACCAUUAAUUACUUAAGCUAUCUAGUUUGUUUAGGUUCAUUUGCAUACACCCAUUUGUUUCAAGUUCUAAGAACCAAAACAUGUCUACUAAUUUUCUUCCCACUUUCACUACUCUCGCCCAUUCGCAUUUAAUAUCUUUUUUUGCAGAAUUCAAUUUUCUUCUCAUUAAUCCCUACAAAAGCACAAAGAAAAAGGAAAAAAUAAAUAGAGAAAAAAGAUUGGUAGGAAUUCUAAGUCUUCUUUUGGAGUUCCCCUUGAAGAAGACUGGGAAAGAGAAUCUCGUCAUAGUUCUCUUUAACAAGCACUCCAAUUUUAAUCCCAACGACCAUUCUUGAAAGCUUAUAUAUCAAGCUUCGAGUUUGACCAGUUUAAUCCAGACUCAAUUCAAAUCUGUUUGCUCGUGUCAUCGUUGAGAUAAGAAAAUCCGGGAGCAAGCCCUGACAAAAACACUUGAGAUAUGGAGAUGGAUCCACGUUUGGCUAGAGAGACUAGGUGCCUUCAUCAGUAUGUCGAAAGGUUGCUUCGAGAUUGGAGAAUGCAUGUCGAGAAGGAAAGAUUAAGAGGACAUGGGGAAGGAGUUCCUCAGUUAUCGAGUUCUUUCGUUGAAAACCUGGAGCAACUCAAUGAGGACUGGUUUUCCCUGGAAAUGUUUCUCAAAUCCAUAUCAUUCAGAAGGGAUGCAGCUGAAUUCAUGCAGACUGAAAUGUCAGUCACCAUUGACAGAUUUGUUUGUGUGGCGCAAGAGAUUCAGAGGGAUGUCCGUUCGUGGGCAACUCAACGCGUCCUGCAAAGGCCUCAUGAAUUCCUCUGUGUGCUCGGAAACUGCCAAAGAAAGACUGAUGAGCUUUCUGAGGCUUCACAAAAAGCUCUGAGGGAUUUGUCAACAUCAACCAUUCAUGCAUCUUCUCCUGAUUUAGAGUUUUUCAAAGCCUUUUUCGAUUAUGUGGAAGAGAAUUUGACACGAUUAUUCGCGGGAGUGGGUGAUGGUGCUCGUCACAGAGAGUUAUAUUCUCUCCAUGAUGAGCUGCUGCAUAUCUUCAACUACCUGGAUUCUAUACUAGUUGGUCUUAACUCUGAUGUCCGUAGAGAUCAUGGAGUUGAUGCUUUUCUUACUCACCUUGCAUCUGUGAUUCUGAGGAUUUCAUUUCAGACCUGCAAUUUCAGGCUUAAUACAAAUGAUCCUGAAAUUGCUGAUGCUAUCCUUGCUGGACUAGUCAAUUUGCAUCAGGAGAUUGAUCCUACAAAUCCAGAGUUCCUAGAGUUGAAUCUCAGAUUCCUAGAGUCUCUCUACAAGAUCAACUCCAGAAGAACUGCGCCGGUUGAGUCACCUUCAAUUGGUCACUUUUGCAGCUAUCUUCUCACUCGGGUCGAUAACGAAGAUCUUAAAAAGGAGCUAGUGUCUCUGGUUACCCUUUUCAUCAACAAGACUCUGGAGGACCGUGAUGAAGGUAUGCACAAUUUCUUUGCAGAAAUUAAGGCAGCACUGGCAGAGGCAGCCUUCUCCCACCGACAAGACCCUGCAGACCCUGCAGCCUUUUCGCAGUUACUAACAAAACUUUGUCUUCUAAAGGCAGAGCUUUUUCUCAAAGAACAACUCAACACCAGCACUCCUGCGAUGCUAUUUAGUGAUAACCAUUUUUUCAAAGUUGAUAUGAUCAUCACAGACUUGCGAUCAUUUCAAAGGAAUCUAUUUCAGGAGGGGAAUCCUGGAUACGUACAGCAGAACUUGGUACUAGUUGAAGACUUGGCAAGUGAGAUCAAAUCCCUUCAGAACUCACAUCAUUUCAGGAGGAUAACCAACACUUUGGUAAAGCAUACCCUUCUACUGUGGCUUUUCAGGUUCGUCUUUUUCAAGGCAGAGUCAUUUCUAGCCGAGUUAUUGAAUAGUAAUGACACCUUCACAGCUCGUACAAUGGAUCAAUUUCAAUCCCUUGUUGAGGAGCUCACAUAUUUCAAAAGAAUUGUGGAAACCAAGCUGCCAUGGAACUCAUCAGAUGAAGAAAUAGUCAUCAUAAAAAUGGAGGCCUUUGCUAGGGAAAUAACAUUGCUCUCUUACUCUUGUCUCCCUGACAGCAAUAAAUUCGAAAAAUUGGUCGGUUCAUUGCCUCAGUUGGUGGAUAAUAUGAAUAUCAUUAAGGCUAAACUCAGGGAGAUAAGUCAGCAAUAUCCAAAGAACAUAUGCCCCAAGACCUAUGGACUAGGUUUCCUGGAUUACUUACACAGGAACAUGACGUGUCUUCUGCAGCGUGAUCCUGAGUCAAUUAAACCAGUCAAACAUCAUUUGAUUGAUGUUCUGUCCCAUCUAGAGCCAUUGAAAUCUUUCCUGUAUCAAGGGAUGGUUUCGAAAGUGGAGCUGAGAGAAUUAAAGGAUCUGGAGAAUGACAUCUUAAAUGCAGCAUAUAAAUUGGAGUAUGUUGUUGAGUCAAUUGAAAUGGAUGGCCAGUUGCAGCAAUCUCUGUGGUUUUAUGAUGCACUAGAGGAUAUUAAACUCGCUAACCAACGGGUCCUCGACUUCCAUGACAUGUUGAAUGCUGUCAGAGUCCCACAGAUUUCAUCCGAGAAGAUAUCAAGAGGUACUACACCAAAAAUGAAUGAAACUCUGGUUGAUCUUCUUGAUGAAGAAAGUAAAAUCAUUGAUCGCCUCACCAGAGGGUCCUUGAUACGGGGUGUUGUUUCUAUUGUUGGCAUGCCAGGCAGUGGUAAGACCACUCUCGCUAGAAAAGUAUUCAACACUAUGAAUGUUUUGUACCAUUUCCAUCGGCGUGCAUGGUGUACCGUGUCACAAACAUACUCGAAAACAGAGUUAUUGCUUGAUUUAUUAAGUCACAUUGAUGUGGUUACUGAUGACAUGACCAAAAUGACUGACAACGACCUCUUGUCAAAAUUACGUCGUUACUUGUUGGGAAACAGGUAUUUGAUUGUAUUGGAUGACAUAUGGGACACUGCAGCCUGGAAUGACUUGGAAUUAUGUUUCCCGGAUAAUGGCAAUGGAAGUAGAAUUCUCAUAACCAGUCGUAGCCAGGAUGUGGCCUCAAGAAUCAAAGCUGACAGUCUGCAUCGUAUUCGUCUACUGUCAGAUGGUGAAAGUUGGAAAUUGCUAGAGAAAAAGUUAUUUGAAGGUGCUAAUUGCCCAGAGGAAUUGUUGGAAGUUGGAAAGGAAAUAGCUAAAAGCUGUCAAGGAUUACCACUUGCAAUUGUCAUAAUAGCUGGUCUCCUCAAAAACCUAGAGACCAACAAGGAUUCAUGGAUUAAAGUCUCGAAAAGCUUAAGCUCAGAGAUAAUUGGAAAUCCCGAAAAUGGCUGCAAGGAAAUUUUAGAACUCAGCUAUAAGUACUUGCCUGAGUACCUAAAAGCAUGCUUUAUUUAUUUGGGAACUUUCCUUGAGGACAAAGAUAUUCCUGUUACCAAGUUGUUACGUUUUUGGAUGGCUGAAGGGUUCAUACAAGAAACCGAGACAAGGAGCAUGGAGGAGGUUGCGGAGGAUUAUCUGAUGCAGCUGAUUAAUAGCAACCUGGUGAACAUCCAUAAAGCAAGAUCCAAUGGGAAGAUCAAAACAUGCCGUCUUCAUGAUCUUUUGCGGGAUCUGAGUCAGAUGAAAGCAGAGGAAGAAAAGUUCCAACAACUGGUGACCAAGCAUGAUGAGCCCUAUGCAUCAUUCCCUGAUUUCGAUUAUGAUAUGGAGUACGGAAGUGACAAUGCUAUAACUCCUUCAAUAUUCAGUAGCUACAGAUUGAGCUUUGGUGUGAAACGACCACAUUUCGUUGAUUCCCAACCUUCCGGCUCAGUUGCUCGGUCCUUGAUAUUUUUUGCAUCUUCUGAUUCGGAGCCAAAAUGUCCUUAUGACAUCUCUUUUAUAUGCAAAAACUUUAAGUUUCUUCGGAUUUUGGACUUGGAGUCUAUCAUGGCAAUCGAUUUUCCCGUUGAAAUAGGACAAAUGAUUCAACUGAGAUAUUUAGCUGUCAGUGGUUACAUGAAAUCUGUUCCAUCAUCAAUAUCCAACUUGUGGAAACUUGAAACCUUGGUUGUGAAGGGAUUGCGGAAGGUCAUGUUGCCGAAAACUAUUUGCAGCAUGGUACGGUUGAGGUAUCUUCAUGUCAAUAAUCACGUCCUUUUCGACUUGGAAGGGCUCGAUCAGGAUGUUGAGAAUUCUUCUCAUUUGGAAAGUUUAGUCAGCUUUUCCACCCCAUCACUGUCUUGCAAGAAUGAUAGAUGGAGGAUAUUGAGGUGGAUGCCUAACCUCCGCAAGUUGAGGUGCAUAUUCUGGGAUUUAGGGGACGACCGCUCGGAAGAAUGCAGUGAGUUCAUAAGAUGGGACUACUUAUUUUUUUUGGAGUCACUAAAGAUAAUUUGCUUUGGUGGAACUCCAAAUUCUCGGGAUUUUCUCCUACCACUAAGCCUCAAGAAACUGACUCUAUCAAACUUCCGUAUACAAGAGAAUCAUCUCAAGGUGAUCGGGAACCUAUGGACUCUCAAAGUUCUGAAACUGCGUGCUGGAGCCUUUGAGGGGCAGAGAUGGGACAUGAGGGAAGAGGAAUUUGAGAAACUAGAGUAUUUGGAGUUAGACACCAUGGACAUUGUCUACUGGGAUGCCGAAUCUGAUCACCUUCCCCUGUUAAGACAGCUUGUGUUAUGCAACUGCAAGGGUUUGGAGAGGAUUCCACUCGACUUUGCCUACAUUACUACAAUGCAAAAGGUUGAAGUUCACUGGUGCGGACCAUCUCUGGAAAAGUCAGCUAAAGAAAUUGGCGAUGAAAUGCCGGAUAUCAAAGUUGAGAUCAGCACUCAUGAGCCUACGACCUUACUUGAAUAG